AUGUCUACCGCUCGCAGUGUUCGCUUCGCUACCAACAUCGCUACCGGCGGCGCAAAGGAGCUCCUUGCUCGCGACAAGAGCCGCGCUCAGAAGUUCCUCGCGGGUGUUCAUCCCCACGGCCCUGUUGCCUUCCACAAGCAGGAACUUCGUCGUCGCAGCCACCACCACAAGACCAAGCCUACCAGCGGUAGCACCGGGACCGGUACUGGUACUGGCACUGGCACUGGCACCGGCAGCGACGCUGCGGGCGAUACUAUCGACGUCACUGAUGCCGCCGUCACGUACACGACCUCGGUCGGAGUGGGCAGCCCCGCUACCCAGUACACUCUGCUUAUCGAUACUGGUUCGAGCAACACUUGGGUCGGUGCCAACACUAAGUACGUCAAGACCAGCACGUCCAAGAGCACUGGCGACACGGUCAACGUUAGCUACGGAUCCGGCCAGUUCAGCGGCACUGAGUACACCGACACGGUCACCCUCUCGUCCGACCUAGUCAUCCAGAACCAGAGCAUCGGCGUGGCCUCCUCGGCACAGGGCUUCAGCGAUGUCGACGGUAUCCUCGGUAUCGGCCCCGUGGACCUGACAUCUGGCACCGUCUCUCGCACGACCAAUGUUCCGACUGUGACGGAUAACCUGUUCAAGCAGGGCACGAUCCCGACCGAGUCCAUCGGUAUCUCGUACGUUCCCACCACGAGCAGCACUGAGGUCGCAAACGGCGAGCUUGACUUCGGCGCCGUCGACACGAGCAAGAUCUCCGGCGACGUCACCUAUGUGCCGAUCACCAGCACUUCCCCCGCGAGCAACUACUGGGGUAUUGACCAGACCGUCAGCUAUAACGGUCAGCAGAUCCUCAGCUCUGCGGGCAUUGUCGACACCGGCACCACGCUCGUGAUGAUCGCCACGGACGCCUUCCAGGCUUACCAGAAGGCGACCGGCGCCACGAUGGACAGCACCACCGGUUUGCUCACCAUCACUGAGGAGCAGUUCAAUAACUUGCAGCCCCUCGUGUUCAACAUCGGCGGCACGGACUUCCCUCUCUCCGCUAACGCCCAGAUCUGGCCUCGUUCGCUCAACUCUACACUCGGCGGCGAGGAAGGCAAGAUCUACCUUAUCGUCGCGGACAUGGGCUCGCAGUCGGGCCAGGGUCUUGACUUCAUCAACGGGUUCACGUUCCUCCAGCGCUUCUACAGCGUCUACGACACGACCAACUCCCAGGUCGGCAUCGCGCCGACGCCUAACACGGACGCGGAGACGAACUGA